AUGUCCGCGGCGGAUACCUUCAUCGAGGAGGAUGGUUUUGGAUUUGUACCCAGGCCGAUUCACGACGAACAGAAUAAACCGUACGAAAUCGUUAGAAGAUAUACAAUGACCAAUAAACACAAAGCAUCGGUGCAAUUGAUAUCUUGGGGUGCUGGUAUUCAAUCGAUCAAGAUUCCGAAUAAACUAGGAAUUCUGGGCGACGUUGUCUUAGGAUUCGACGACAUGAAUGGUUAUUUGGAGCACAGGUACAUAGGAAGCAUAAUCGGUCGGGUGGUGAAUCGAAUUUCGAAUGGUAUAGUGAACGUCGAAAACAAGGUUUACUCGUUAUCGAUCAACGACAAGGAUUGUGCUACUCAUUUGAACGGUGGUUUUGAAGGCUUCGACAAUGUUAAUUGGAAUUCUUACAUAAUGAACAAACACGUGGUGCGAAAACGAUUAAGUACUCGUAUUUCGGUGAUGUCUCAUUUAAGUCCAGCAAACAGCGAAGGAUAUCCAGGAAAUAUGCUAACGCAAAUUAAAUACUCUUGGACGGAUGAUAAUCAGCUUCACAUUAACAUACGAGCGACAGCUACUAAAUCAACACCUGCUAAUAUCACUGCUAAUUGCUUGAUGAAUCUCGCUGGCCACGCGACUGGACCAAAUGAAAUGAAGAAACACCUGGUGUCGAUGAACGCAGGAAGUUGGACCUUCGCGGACAUCAAAGCCAACUAUUUGCCGACAGGUGCUAUACAUCCGGUUGAUCGUACAGUUUACGAUCUACGUUUACCGACACGGUUAACCAGGAGGCAGCUUUACAACGUACCAGGGGGUGGUUACAACCAGAACCUCUGCAUAACCAGUCCCAGUUGUUGGGUCUAUCGAUUCCAUGCAAGAAUUCUGCAUCCCGAUUCGGGAAGAACUUUAGAGAUAUAUUCGAAUCAACCAGGCUUGCAAUUUUACACUGGAAAUGAUCUACCAGACCCCGAUCGCGUUUAUCCCCCUGAUUUCGAGGAUUAUUGUAACAUCGAGGACGAAAUACCGGAAAUGUACGAAGAACAAAAAGAAAUUUGGGGUAAGGAUGGUGUUCGGUAUCGAAGACACGGUGGAUUCGUUAUGUCACCCCAGAACUACCCCAAUGCAAUUAACAUAAGCAAUUUUCCUUGCUGCAUACUUUACCCCGGUGAAGUUUAUGCUCACGAUAUGACUUAUAAAUUUGGUUUAUUGUCUGGGAAAUAAAUAAAAACUUCAGACUCGUUAAUUAAAAAAAAAAAGAAAAAAAAAACAAUAUAAAACUAAUUACUGU